GAACCCCGUCUGAGCUGAAUCAGACGGACCUGCUUUGGAUUUGCCUCCUUAGGACUGUCAUCUUGCGGAUCCAGGAUAUCGCCGUGUGAUCCGAUUUCAGCGACGGCCCGAUCUGGAAGGUCCAAUCAGCCGUCUGUAGUUUUCGAUGACGACGCCCGGCCCGAUUUGCGACUAUAUAAUAAACAGCAGCGUCCCAUCAAACGUCUCAGUCUUGCUUCUUCCAACUUCGUCUUAUACUCCACUCUACUCCCGUAGACUGAUUCUAGUCGUACGUUCAAGACUCCUGCACAAACUCGAUCAACGUUCCCGGUGUCACCUCGAUAGCAAUGGCGACCGAUGACUCGAAAAUCCUAGUCAAAUUCGAUGAUGGUGAACUAAAGCACUAUGCGCGUGAAACUUUGAUGUUGAGUCCACGGUGCCUUGUCAGGAUGUUGAAAUCCCCUUCGAAGGUCUAUUUGGACGAUAACCAUUGCCGCGAAUAUCUGGAACCCGUACUUGACACUCUCGAGGCUUCACUCUCGCCUCGAAUGGACAUGCUUCCGAGCGCUGGACUCUCGACCGAAGAAUUGAAGCGGAUAAGCAACGCCGCUCAAGAUUACGGCGUGCUCAAAUACUGGCAAACCUGUGUGCGUGCCGCGUUGUAUGCCACCCGGCCGCGUCUUCCUCUCCACCGGGAGUUACAGAUUGGAUUGGCCAUCGAGGAUCCCACAAUCAUUGUCCAGGCUACGUGGGAGGUUUCUAGUGAUGAUCUCUUUCGCAUGAAGAGUUCGGAAAUCGAAACCAUUGGUCUUGAGAUUUGGAACCGGUUGCGGGAGGUGGUUGAGGGGUUAGGUCUGGACAGCUACACUACUGCUGUCGGUCCCAAGCUGCAGGAAUGGAUUGACAAGGGGAAAGAAGCCAACCUGGAUUCCGGAAAGAGUGUGUUGGAAACGCUGUUCAAAGACGGGUCUUCGACCAGACGACACAAUUCAUACAGUCGAUAUUAGUUCCGCCCUAUCGCCCAGUCCUCAGGCCGAAA